AUGAUACGGAAGAAACUGUUUAUGAGAUCUAAAGAAUGUGUUUGUACAUGUGGAGGUUCUGAAGGAAAUACUGAUGUAGGAGCCCAAUUUUCUGAAAUAAGUGAUUCACAAACUGUUUAUUUGCAAGGCAACGCCUACAGUGAAGGCUGACAGCUCCAGCAGCCUUUCCAGGACCAACCAAUCACUUGUGCAUAGCAGCUGGACACAUUUUACCCUGGUCCCAGUUUCACUCAAUCUGGUAUGAAGAGCAGGAAUGUAUCAAUGUGUAUCGGCAGUAGUGUGGCCACCAGGGCAGUGAUUGCCCCCCUUUGCUCGGCCCUGGUGAGGCCACACCUCAUGUACUGUGUUCAGUUUUGGGGCCCUUAAUUCAGGAAGGACAUGAAGGUGCUGGAGUGUGUCCAGAGAAGAGCAGUGAAGAUGGUAAAGGGUCUAGAGCGUAAGUCCUGAGAGGAGCAGCUGAAUGAGGUGCAAUUGUUUAGCCUGGAGAAAAGGAGGCUCAGGGGGAGCUAUUCUGAGAGGAUGUUGUAGCUGGAUGGGAGUCACUCAUCUCCCAGUCAGCCCUCAACAGAAUGAGAGGAAAUCUCCUCAAGCUGUGCCAGAGGAGCUUCAGGUUGGACAUCAGGUAAAAUUUCUUCAUAGAGUGAUUAGACUUUGGACCAGGCUGGCAAGGUCAUAGGUCCAACCUAUGAUCAAACACUGCUGUGCCAACUAGACCAGGGCAUUGAGUGCCACGUCCAGUAUUUCCUUCAACACCUCUGUCUGUGAGGUUAGUAUUGGCACGUUUUGGUUCUUUCCACUGCAAUUCAUUUUCUCCCAGACAAUUUUCUUUUAGACACAAAAUUUCCCAAUUUUCUUUUUUCUUUCUUCAAUUGCAUUUCUUUCUUUUCUGUUUCGCAAGAUCUCGUUUCCCUUCCCGAAAGGAAAUGGAAUUUCCUUUCGGGAAGGGAAACGAAAUCUUGCGAAACAAAAAAGAAAGACUUACAAACGCUCUGGAAAGGAGAUAUCAUCAAAUGAAAUGCAGUUGAAGAAACGUAAUAAAAUUGAGAAAUUUUGUGGCUAGAAGUAAAUGGUCUGGGAGGAAGUGAGGUGCAGUGGAAAGGACCAAAACCAAUCUCUUAGAAAGUAGGGGAAAUAAUCGAGGAGCAAAACAGAACUUUGAGGGGAAGAUUUCCCAAUUGAUUCCCAUUGAAAUCUUCUGAAACACAAAAGAAUGUUUUACAAACACUCUGGAAAGCAGAUAUUAUCAAAUGAAAUGCAAUUGAAGCAAAAACAAUAAAACAGAAUAUUGGGAAAUUUUGUGACUGCAAGCAAAUGUACUGGGAUUAGUGAGGUGCUGUGCAAAGGAGGAAAACAUGCCAAAACUAAGCUCACAGAUGCUGCAAAGGAAGAGGAAAAAAUCAAGGAGGAAGACAGGACUUUGAGGGAAAGAUAAGAGAGACAUGGCAUGGAUACUGAAAAAAAAAAUCUUUACCGAACUGAAAGCCAUCAAAAGGCAUGGGAUGCCAUGAGGUGCAGGGACAUGGACCAAAACCUGCCCAAUUGAUCCCCAUUAAAAUUGGAAGAUUUCAUUUCCUUUCCCAAGAGGAGGUGUUCAAAGAAACACCUUCCCUAAAUUGGACUCUGUGAUUUCACAGGUCUUUUCCAACCUUGCUAAUUCUGUUAUUCUAUAUGAAAUUACUGAAGCCUCCUUCUAGACACAUUCUUCCUAUCCUUUUCCCCCCUUACAACUUCCAGAAAUGGUCAUGGAUGACUGCUUUUUUUUCUUUAUCUCUCUCCUUUGAAUAACAGUCAGGAUAUAUGCAAAUUUUUCUUUUCAGAUUUUUCUUACAUGCUAUUUUCUUGCUGGUGACCCUCUCCCUUUCUCAAGUUUUUGGCUUUAUCCACAUUAUUAUGCAUUUGUUCCUAUCUGUUCUUAAUUAUAAAGUAAAAAGUUCCUUGUCAUUCUUAAAAGCUAUUUUUAAAUUAAAUUAUCCCACAACCCUCAUUUUUUGGGCAAAUGUAAAAAUUAUUUAGGAGAAAAUUUUCCCUUUUUGGUACUCUAAAAAGAAGUCUUUAAAGCUGUGUGGUAGUUCAUGCCAUUAAGCACACUGUGUAGAAUUUAAAUUUAACUAAUUUGACUGGACCUUGCUUUAUUACAAACUAAAGUCAUCAUAUUGGCAAAGAUGAAGAAAAUCUGUAAAUUUUUGCAUGGAACCAUGAGGCCUUGUUUUAGGUGAUGGAAACUUCAUUAAAAUCUCUGUGCUGUAAAAAUAAGAGCAGACGUGAAUAAUAUACAACUGCUCAACAUAACUUAAUAGAGUGGAAACUUGGUAAACUGCUGUAAUUUGGUUGCUCUGCAGUUCUGUGGCCAUACCACAGAUUUCUUCAUGUCUCAUACCAUGGAUUUCUUCAUUCCCCAGUGUACAGCAUAGCCUGCUGCAGCCUGCAUGAGAAAUGGGACAAGUGUGCUUAGCUGUGAGUUGGAUCCACUAUAAUAAGUUUAUCCCAGAGCUACACAGACCUCAGCAAGCAGCUAUUUUAAGCAGGGAAUAGCAGAGAACAAGAGCAAAGAGACGCAAAAUAUGUCCAGCUGUCUCCCUUUCUAGAAUUCCAGAGUGGAAAGUGUUGCUGUGGUAUGCAUACUGUGAGACUCAGGUAGGACAUCUCCCUUUCUUAUCCCUUCAUCCUCUUCUUUCUUUUCUUUUUGGCAAUUUUAAUAGUUUACGGAAUACUUCAGGGUACAACUGUAAGUUUUAGUCCUAAACUUGGCUUGCAGAGAAUAAACCAUAAGGCUACUGGCAAGAGGCAGGGAGUUAUUUCCAACAUAAUAGUUUGCACAGGAAAACCAUACCACCUGGUAUGUGUUUGCUACAUUUUAAUGGUCUCCAGUGGUUUAAUGGGAUAUAUUCAAAUCAAACCACUAAGCCAAAGUUCAUACAGCAUUUAACAAAACAUAUUCAGUGUAAUGCACAGCAGUUUUCCUAUAUUUCAAAACCUCUUUGGUUUCUUACUCAAAUGCUCCCCAUGCACCACUGGGUAUGUGCUAGUCUUGGUUUGGACUCCCAUGGCACUCUCAAGCAUUUUAUCAUUUGCCUGUAGAGUAAAUGAAUCCUCUACCUCUUUAUUGUAUCCCUGGGCAUGACUUUCUAUUUCCACUAUAAACAUAGUCAAAGAUAGGGUGAGGAGAUUUGAGAAGAAUCCACAGUUUUCUAUUCUUCACGCUGAUAGUUGAGUGUAUCUUUAUUUUGUGAAUGCAGUCUUAUGCCUUAUAUAGGGCCCCUUUAUGUUAUAGUGCCUUCAGCAUCAACCCUAAACCCAGAAUCAGAAGGAGUAAGUGUCUGCUUCCAGGUACAAAACUAUCUACUUCAAAAACUCACAAAUGGUCCUGCAAGGAAAAUUAUGAUUGCCUCUUUCUUUAUUUAAUAAAUGUGGUUAAUGUCUUAAAGGAGUUUUCCAUUAAAGUGAAAUUUUGUUACAUGCCAAAAGCUAGGAUAUAGUCUUUAAUUCUGUCUGACUAACACUUUGAAAUUGAGUACUUUCCCCUGUUAUACUGGUGUACUGUUACUUAUUUUUCUGUGAUGGGAUAUUAUGAUCAUGCAUAUUAUAAAUCUUUCCUGAGUGAGAUUUUAAUGACUUAUAAGUGCUUAUCUGGUCAAUGUACUCAUCUGCAGCCAACAAUCCAAGUACAAAGUGAUUAUUUUGAAAAGCAAUCAAAAGUAAGUUAAGCACUUCUUGGAUGCAUUGAGAAAGGUGAUAAAAAUAUCAUUAAUUAUUUUAAGGAUUUUAACUACAAAUCAGUGAGGAACCUUGGAAUAAACUUCUAUUCUCAAGAUCUCAGUUGUAGCAAAAGUAAAAGUCAUAGGUAUGAAGUUCUAAAUUUUUAGGCUUGAAUUUAUGUCCUGUUAAUUGGAUAUGAGAGCUGGUUCCUACUGAAUUUACUUGCAAAGGAUUUUGAAAUAAAUGGAAUAUUUCACUGAGACAACCUCAGUGAAGUAACAUUAUUGUGUAGCUCUUUCCACUUCUCCUUCCUUUAUGCCUUCCUUCUGGAUUGGAAUAUAUAAGAAAAAGAUUAUAGUAAAGAAAAAAGAUUUUGUAAAAUUAAAGUGUAUAGAAUUUUAUAAUCUUCUGCAGUGAUCCUCAUACUGACUUGAAAGGAACAGAGCAGACUCUUCACACUACUAGUGCACUCGUUUGGGACUUUAGUGAUCAUCACAAGAUGUCACUUGUAUGAAUAGCAUUGAUGUUGGCAUGAAACGCCACAAGCAUCUAAAACAGAAUUUGCUGAAAGUAUUUAAAAAUAAUUCAGGUUAUUUUGAUUCAAUGACAGUUUGACCAAACACAGUGGUCAAGGUUGUAGGCUUUAUAAUCAUGGUCAUAAAGGAUAUUUUAGCUGUGAUACCAGUAGUACUUAUUGUUCCUGUUUUCCCAUUUAACCACCCAGAUACUUUUAAAUUGAGCUUUCUUACACUGACUUUUUAAAGCACUGAAAUAGUCUUAGUGCAAUAAGGAAGGAGCAGGAGGUUUCUGCAUGUGUGUCUGUCUGAGCCACCAGGGGGGACUCAUGCCUCACCUAUAACUUUUCUGCAGCAAGUAUCUGAAAAAAACACCCAUGCUUGAAGCAGGUCUAGAAAGUCAACUCAGCAGAGAGUUUGUCUUCUUUCAUGUUGAGAGAGCUUUAUGUAAAAUCUUGUAAAUCUGCAGUGCUCUUUCCACUCUGCCCAUGAGUGCAUCAGCCACCCAACGCAUUGAGCAGCAAUGCCAGACCACAGAGUCUGGCCACAGAGGGACCCAUGUUCAGCUGGGAAAUCUUGUAUAUCAGUGGGGUAUGGUCAUUGCCCACCCCCUGCCCGCUUCAGACUGACCUGGGACUUGUACUAAACCUGUUGGACUGACAGAAGACUCAGCAGAGAGCCUGGCUUGGCUUCUCACAGACUAAAUUCCUUCACACCACUGGUCAUGGUUUUGUGGCUGAAAGAAAUAUUUUUUUGGCUGUACGUACAAAAGUUAGCUCUUCUUUCAUAUCUGUUUCAUAGCUCCUUUGUGGCUGUCUCACUACUGCAUUUCUUUUUUCUGACUAUUACAGCCUUCCUGAUUUAUUUCAAUUUCACUGCAUGUCUUACUGUUUUUAAGCAAAAUUUGUCUAUCUUGAAACAGAACUGUGUUACUGCUGUGAUCACAAGGAGCUUGUAUGUUUUAUCCUGUUAAACAACAGCAAAAAUCUGUGUGUGAUGGAUGUACUCUGGAGAUCUGUCAGGAAAGUUAUAUAAUUUUGAAUACCCACUUACAAGCCAAAUACUGAAAAUUUCUUAAAAUUUUGAACUCUGUCAGGCCAGAGGGACUCUUUUUGUGGUCUAUAGAAAGAUUUGGAAAAACUGAAGAGACUUCUCUAGUUGCAAUAAAUUUUCAAAUUUUUGUCUUAUUUUGUAAAUUAUUUCAUGUGGUAGUUAAUUAUUUGGUACUUUCAGGCACAUUUAAUUCAAUUUUCCCUUUCCUUAAUUAAUCUAGGAAUUACUCCCAUGUCUGGGCACGAUCAGUCAUGGUUUUUGUGCACAUCAUAACAUCAGAUGGUUGCAUUCAGCUCCAUUUUAAAUACAUCAUCUGAUUAUAUUCCUUCAUUCCUUCUAAUUACGUUCCUUCAUUCCUAAUACACCUUCAGGUGUAUUCUAAAAGCAUGGUGAGCUUUGUAAGAAGCUCACAUGAAAACCAGUGAGAGGUACUGACUACCAUAAAAAUAAAAGAAUGGACUUGGUGUUCAUCAUUUGUAGAUUUUUCUCUUCUUAAAUAUGUGCAGGAAACUCUGUGUUUGAAAUUAUGCCUUUAAAAAUCUUUCCCCUGAUGAGUCAACUAAACUUGCUCAUUACGUGCUUCUGGUAGUCAUAAUGUCAUUUCACUUCCCCAUUUCACACAGUUUUCACUUUAUUUUUUCACUCUUGGUUUCAGCUGCAUUGUCUGGGGAAAACAUAACAGCAAAAGCAGGAAUUCUUUUUCUUAACAAAAUUUAGUAUGAUGAUAACUGACAGUGCUGCAGUAGGAUUAACAAAGAUUGCAGAGAAUUUGAUAACUAGCAGAACUUUCCCCGAAGACAUGUGACUGAUGAUGACUGUGCUGAAUUUUCUUCCUCUUUCUCCCAAGUGAAGUUUUAUACCAUCGGAUACUGAGCAAAAAAAAAGUAGCUAUGUUUGGACUCCUUUUUUUUAUUUUUUUCACCCCUGGAGUCAGUGAAUUCAUUUGUACAUCAUCAGAUCUUGAAAUGUCGUAUACUUUUUGUGAUUCUACAGCUCAUGCUUUCAUGUUUAAUCUGACACCUUGCAGCACAAUGAACAAACCUGUCUGGAAGGCUGCUCUUACCUGGAUUCCAAGAAGUGACAUCCACUUUUUGAAGAUUGUCUUCAAUGUCUGGUAUGAUGGUGCCAAAGCACUCCUCUGGAAAGAACUCCUCUGCAGCGGAGCUGACGAUGAAUACUCAGUGUGCGGAACGCUGAAAGGAGAAACAAUUGACUCAGCAUUUGACAUUAAAGGCUCAAGAAUAACAUUUCCAAAGGGCAAUUAUACUGUUGUUGUGCAAGGAUUCUCUGAUGAUUCUGAGAAUAAUAUGCUCAUAUGCUUGAAUUUCACCAUGAUAGUAAAACAAGAUGCUUUCUGAAUGCAACAAACUUCUCAAAAAAUUCCAGAAUAUGGUGGUCACUUCUGUGAGCAACUGGAAUCCAAGCUGUGAAGUAAUUUGCACACUGAAUUUCUUGAGGCAGAAUACAUCAUGUGCUGUCUGGGAAGCUGUAACAUAUAGUCUUUGUCAUUUGUAGCACAGCCAUAAUCACUUGCUCAGCCAAUGUGCCCAAAAUUUCUGGGAACCAGGCAUCCUGAUUAGCCCACAGAAUUACCCUGACUGGAUGUCAGGCUGGUCCUGCAUUUUGGUGCUGUGCCUUGAGUUACAAUAAAGUUGAGAACUUCAGGCUGAGCUAAAGUAAUCAAGAAGUUUUGAAGUUUUGAAGUGCCAAAAUCAAAAGUUCAUCAGUACUCAAUUUAAAAUAACACAGCAAUUGAAUUUGGGAACCCUGCUGUGAGGUGGUGGGGGGUGUUUUUUUGGUUUGUUUGGGUUUUUUUUUAUUUUCUUGUAGCAAUAAAUCAUGUUAGUACAAUUAAUUUAAGAGACGGUUUUUAUUCU